CCAAAAAGAGCUCAAAUCAGACAGAAUUGAGCAGACUGAAAUAUCAUUAUCUAAGAAUGUAUCAAAAAAUUUAAUUAACAUAUUUUGUAUCACCCAUAGACUGAUCUUGUUCAAGGAGGCAAAAUAGGUAGCAUAGGUAGCAUUAUUGUUAGAACCAACCCGAUAGUUGGAGCGUUGGAAGUUAAGGCUGUUGGAAGGGAAAAUCGGAUCAAAAACUUGACAUAAAUACCUUACCAUGUGAAAAAAACAAAAAAAACAGAGAAAAACAGAACCAACCAGAAUCUUGUCCAACUGAGCUGGAACCAAGCUUAGUCAGUAUUCCAGAUUUGAGUUGGGAUAAAUGUUUUUGUGGCAGAAGACUUCAAAAGUACAAAAGACAAAGAAGCAAACAUCUUUCUGAUACUGCAGCUUUCUAAUUCAAGUCUUCCUCUUGCAGUAACAACUUCCACACCGAAGAGGGAUCAAAAAUAGAUCUGAUUUUCCGAUUUCUGAGAGGUCUGUGUUUUUGUUGAGCCCCAGACAAAACCGUCUGCGUGUAGCAGAGUUCAAACAUCACAAAGUUUGAUGUUCUGCACACACAUGGUGCAGCAACUCCAGCUGAAGGCUGCUCUCGUCUCUCACCCUCGCCACACAUACUGUACAUGCAUGUGUUUGUUUUUUUAAGCCUGGAAGGAGGAGGCACCCAGAAAGAGCCACAGCGAGUGAGCCGUGAAGGGAGGGAUUAGAAGGAGAGUUCAGCUCUGAACUUGUCCAUGUGGAUUCGAAGCCGGUCGCUUCUGUUUCUCCACAUGAAGCAGCAGCAUGCCGUGCAGGAAAUAACUCUUUGAAUCCCACCCUGCUUUCAUUCCCUGUCGCUCCCUUCCCUCGGACUGGAGUCAUGCCCCCGAAUAGCGCCGUGGAGGGCUUCCCUCCGUCUGCCCGCGUCUCACUGGAGACAUGUUGCAGAGGAGUGCAGAGAGACGUCAGGAGCCGAGGAGCAGAGGAACGCUCGCUGGAGGAAGAGGACAAUUAGUGGAAACCGAAGCAAAGGGGGAACUCACAGGAAUUGCAGAGAUGAGUUUACCGACUAACUGUAUGUACCUGGCGCCCUCGGUCCAGGAUCGCUGCUUCAAAGUGCGGAGCGGGAACAUCUGCGGGUCACCGUGCGCCGUCAACCGGCCCAUAGACAUCGUCCAGAAGCGUAGGCGUUUUGAUGUGGAGAAUGGCCUGUCGGUGGGUCGCAGUCCACUGGACUCUCAGACGAGCCCGGGAUCCGGUCUGGUACUUCAGGGCAACUUCCCUCACAGUCAGCGCCGGGAGUCUUUCCUCUACCGCUCCGACUCAGACUUCGACCUGUCGCCCAAAAAUAUGUCUCGCAACUCGUCCACUGCCAGCGACUUGGAGGAAGGAUUGAAGCAUUGGGAAGUUAAUUGGCUACCUCGGCAUGGAGAAGACAUGAUAGUGACUCCAUUUGCACAGGUUCUGGCCAGUCUACGAACAGUAAGAAGUAACGUCGCUGCUCUGACGCAUCUCCAAGAUCGUGUCGUGAACAAACGACCAUCGAGCGCCAGUCAGCCGCCGCUUUGCAAACCGUGUCUCUCAGAGCCCUAUCAGAAGCUCACGAUGGAGACUCUGGAAGAGCUGGACUGGUGUCUGGACCAGCUGGAGACGCUGCAAACGAGACACUCAGUCAGCGAAAUGGCGUCCAAUAAGUUUAAGAGGAUGCUAAACCGUGAGCUGACGCAGCUAUCAGAGACGAGUCGCUCAGGGAACCAGGUGUCGGAGUACAUCGCCAACACUUUCCUGGAGAAGCAACAUGACUUGGAGAUCCUGUCUCCGCCUGCUAAGGAGAAGGAGAAGAAAAAAAGGCCGAUGUCACAGAUUAGCGGUGUGAAAAAGGCCACACAAAGCCCAAGCUUAGCGCCUGCUUGCAUCCCUCGCUUUGGAGUCAACACACCGCACGAGAGCAUGUUGGCAAAGGAAAUUGAGGACCUUAAUCGAUGGGGUAUGGAUAUUUUCAAACUAGCAGAAUAUUCAGGAAAUCGCCCUCUGACGGUGAUGAUGUACUCCAUUUUCCAGGAGCGAGAUCUUCUGAAAACCUUCAAGGUGCCAAUUGACACUUUCCUCACCUUCAUGAUGACUUUAGAGGACCACUACCAUGCGGACGUAGCUUAUCACAACAACAUCCACGCUGCUGAUGUGGUGCAAUCCACCCAUGUUCUCCUGUCCACUCCUGCUUUAGAGGCGGUGUUUACAGACCUAGAGAUCAUGGCCGCUCUUUUUGCAAGCGCCAUCCAUGACGUCGACCACCCAGGCGUCACCAACCAGUUCCUCAUAAACACAAGUUCUGAAUUGGCACUAAUGUACAACGAUUCGUCUGUGCUGGAGAACCAUCACCUCGCUGUUGGCUUCAAGCUGCUACAAGAAGAAAACUGUGACAUCUUCCAGAACCUCGGCAAGAAACAGAAAGACUCACUCCGGAAGAUGGUGAUUGACAUGGUGCUGGCCACAGAUAUGUCCAAACACAUGAACUUCUUGGCAGACAUGAAGACGAUGGUGGAGACCAAGAAAGUGACGAGUUUGGGAGUCCUGCUGCUAGACAAUUAUUCUGACCGCAUCCAGGUUUUACAGAACAUGGUCCACUGUGCUGAUUUAAGUAACCCAACCAAACCACUGGAGCUGUAUCGGAAAUGGACGGACCGCAUCAUGGUGGAGUUCUUCACCCAGGGAGACCGAGAGCGGGACAAGGGGAUGGAGAUCAGUCCUAUGUGCGACAAACACAACGCCUCCAUGGAGAAGAGCCAAGUGGGGUUCAUCGACUACAUCGUUCACCCGCUGUGGGAGACCUGGGCCGACCUGGUGCACCCUGACGCCCAGGACAUUCUGGAUACGCUUGAAGACAACAGGGAGUGGUACCAGAGCAUGAUCCCCCGCAGCCCCUCGCCAACGAGCCCGGACGAGCCUCACGCUGAGGUGGGACCCGCAGCUGGCACUCCAGGGUCAGGAGGAGCCUUCCCUUCAUCGGGAGGAGACAAAUUCCAGUUUGAACUCACCUUGGAGGAGGAGGAGGAGGACGAAGAGGAGGCGGCGUCUGACCUCGAGAGCCCCUUAGAGGAGGAGUCUCAGACCAGUGGAGAUCGGAGACACGAUUCGUCCUCACCGUCCCUGUCUCCAGACCCCCGCGGCGGCGGCAGCAACAGGUACCGUCCUCCCUCCCCUCACCCGUCUCGGACCCUGAGUCUCGCCUCCAUGUCGGUGCGGAGCCCCCACCCUCACAGGACGCUGGGCUCCCCGGGGCCGGAGGCUUCUGACAGGAACAGAGAGCUGAGCCAGGAGGGCGACGGCGUGGCCUGCCUGCCGAUGGGAACGUAAUGACAAGCAGGAGCCGCCCUGCCGCAGAGACAUGAGCGCUGGAGGCUGGAGGCGUCGGCAGGGCGAGCCUUUGCCAAUAAUGUCUGUAAAAUCACCACAGUCCCUUUACACUGGAGACACCUUCUCUGGAGAGCAGAGGAACAACUCGCCUCUGUGUUUUUCUUUCUUUUCCAGCAAGAUGAAAUGUUUUAUCCUCUGUCUGAGUGCCUGAUUGGCCUUCCUGGUUUCCUGCAGCUUCAGCUGAUGAAUAAUUGCUGCAUUUAAACUGGGAAGAGUGGAAUUAAGGCUUGUACUUACACAAAAGGUAACAAAACCUAAAAGGAAACGUCUUCCUCCAAAAUAACUGUGACAUCCGAGCAUGAGCGGCGAAUGAGGACUACAGUGGUGUGACAGGGUUUUGGAAAUGAUUUUGCACCAUCGUUUUAAUUUAGGAUAAUUAAGUUGGAAUAGGUGAGUAUGAUUUAUUUCUUUAAGAAUGGCGUGUGAAAUGAGUCAGUUAACCAAAUACGGGAUGUAGAUGAGAAACUCGACGGACCUAAACCUCAGGGUAUGAAGUGAAGCAUAAACCUAAUGUAGCACAGGUGUACUAAACCCCCCAACCCAACCCCAAACCGUCUUUCCUGUUUGUCCCAUUGAGAAAUGAGACUUUGUCUAAAAUGUCUGUCUUUACAUUUAUUUAAAUCCCUUUAAUAGAGAAUUUGGCAGAUGAAGCAAUCAGAUAUUCAAACCAGCUUGUAGCACCAUGGGAACCGAACACUUUAGACUGAACCACGGUCUCACCUGUUGCAAAGACACCAAUGUAUAUUUAGUUUGAGCUUUAUUCUAUUUUUUACCUUAUAUUUUAAAUUGUUUAUGUUUUAAUUUCUGUACUGUUCCUCAUUGUAUGUUUGCUGGUCUUGUGUGUUUUUGUGCUGAAGAAAAGCAUUUUUUUAAUCAGGGUGCCUCCAGUCUGCAGUAGCACUUUACCGUCUUUACCGUUCUGUUCUAGUAUUUAGUCACACAAAGGGCUUCACCCACUGUAGGCCUACUGAUCACAAAAAAGAAACUGUACAGGACAUUGGACUACAGCUCUCAGAAGGCAGAGCAGGCCACAAAACUUAACAUCUUAUGGACGAGCAUGAACGAUCCCGGGUCUCCAGCAGCUUCUAAAGCUACAAGUUGAAGGUUUCUGUUGUUUUAAUGAAAAUUAAAAUUAUUGUGUAAACCUUCUCACUAUUAAAUGAAAGUACAAUUUGCUAUAAAUCUGAGUUCAUACAAAGAAAACUCUGGGUCUCCUUACAUCGAGGUACACAGGGUUCCUACACAGGCUUGAAAUAAAUCAAUUUUAAGAUAAGUUUUGAAAAGGAACAUUGAUUUUAGAACAAAAAUACACCUUUAAGUCUUCAAGAGAUUAUAAAUGGCUUGUUCUCCCUUAAUUGGAAGAUUAAAUAGUGCAAAAAAAAAAAAUUUUUCUCUUCGUUAAAUGCAUCAAAAUUAGGAACACUCACCAUUUUUUAUUCUAUAAAUGCAUCAGGCAACCAUGUAUUUUAGGUUUAGUUUGUCUACAGGAACCAAGCUGGUUUUUAUUUACUCUUCAAGAAAAAAAAACAACUCAAAAAUGUUCUGGCAGAAACAUAGCAGUUAUAGAUAACUCUUCUAGAUAACUCUGUUUACAAAGUUGUUAAAACUGUCACAAUGUCCUGACAGUAGAAAAUUACACAAUUUGUAAAAUUAGCUCUGACUGCCAUUUAAAGAAAAGCACCAUUCCCCUUCAGAAACAACCAGUCAGAACCAGGAGGAGGGUCUUAGCGGUGUCAAUCAUGCUCAUCUGUGUGCUGCUCACACCCUUCACCCAUUUAGGCCAUACCGUUAUUCAGACUCACAAUUUCUGGUGUGCUUAUGGCAGAGAAACAACCUAACUAAAAAGAAAAACUAAACCUAUUGAGUUUUUCUCAGAACUUCCUACUGCAGCUUUAAAUGACUCAUAUUAUGCACUCAGCAUCCCUGAAGGAUUAAUUCUACCUUCAAAGUAAUUUAUUCAAUAUUUAAGCCAAGAAUGUUACAGAAUUUAUCAAUGUUUUUGCUCCUCAAUAGAAAAUAAAACAAGCACAGCUGACAUGUGUAAAUGCAUUCAGAUUAAAAAAUAUUUUUUUUUAAAUUUUUUUUAAAUAUAAAUAUUAAGUUGUAGAAUUUGCUCUAAGUUUCUCUAGAUGCAAAAAGCUUCACACUGGCCUUUUUCUGCUCCACAAGUGAAUCAGAUGUUUCUUGAAAUGUGGGGGAAAAAAGAUAAUAAACGCAUUUAGACCAGUUUUGUAUUAAAAUUCCCAGGAUAUGUUAAAAAUACCUGCAGAAAUUUAAGUAGCAUAUAAAACUGAAAACAUGUGUAGCAACCCUGUGUAUAGCGACAAACUGUUUGCCUUUAAAACCGCAGCAUGCCCUCCUCUUCAGGCUGUUGCAUCCAGAGCGUCACUGCGGCUGGUCUUUGGUUGUGGUUGAGUUGGUUAAGCUCACACACUGCCCACUCUGUGCCUCUGAAGUUGAAUGAAGUGUGUUUGGUUUGGUAAUAGCAGCUUUCUUUAUUCAUAAAAAUCCCACUGAAUAAAUCAAAACUCCAGUUAACCAGCGACAACUGUUGGUUCCCCCGUUGCAUUAAAAAAAGAACACAAAAUCCGCACCAAUGUAAACUUAUGAACUUCUUGUGGUUUUCUGUUUGUUGUUAUUUUUAUUAUUUAAGAGAUCCAGUUGUCGAAAUAACUGAAAAAGAUACAAAAAAGAACAUGUAAGUAGUUUGUCAUGAGUUUUACACCUGCAAAGGAUUUAUGGUAAAGUUAAUACAUUUUCAGAUUAAUCUAUUAUGCAUUUUAUCUAUUAUGUAUCAUCAAUGUGGCUUUUUAAAAUGGUCAUAAAAAACAAAAUGUUACACUAAGUCUGUGUGUCAAACACUAACAGAUAAGGAGAAAUAUUGGAGCAGUAUUUAUACAACCACAUACUUUAUCUUUUCUUUUUAAAUUAAAUGUUAUAUUUUUAUUUCAUGUUUUUUAUAACUCUUCACUUUUUGUUUUUGGUUAAGUAGCUGUACGUCAUUUCAGUAUAAUGAACAAAUACUAUGAAUCAACGGAUAGGAUCUUAAUCCAGCAUGUAAUUAUUGUCUUUUUUUACCACAGCACACAGUAUAGAGAAAACCGUACAUUUCUUUCAUUAUUACACAGAUGUCGUUUGUUGCAGAUCUAUUGGUGUAUAUUUGUUAGACUCUCAUUUUGAAAGUUUAUAAUUUUUAUAAUUUUUAUAAUUUCUACAUUCCUAGAUCCCAUCUUCAAACUCCAAACUCAGCAAGAUUUUAGGAAUGUUUUUGAAGGAAAAUAUUCGUUUUUAAUGAACUGACCUCUUGAAACCUUUUAAAAAACACGAUGUUCUACCUGAAUGAUGCCAAGGUCAAAUAGAGCGAUGAGAAUUUUUGUGAUGGAGAAUCGAUUGAACAGAUGGGAUUUAAUUGGGUCAUUAAUAUUCAUAUUUUGAUCACAUGAUUUAUUUACAGACACAAUGUUGUCAACUAAAGAUUAUCCAAAUGCAACAAUACGUUAGUACCAGAAUUUGAAAAAUAAAGUUGAUACUCACUUUUGGAUUCAUGCUAAACCAAAACAGAAAAGUAAUAAAGGAGUGGAAACACCCAAACCAAACCAAACCACACCUCAAACAUCAGCCACAGGUUAAAGUUUGCUGUCUAACUUUAAGCAUUUUAUCUUUUCUCACAUUACAAAUAAAGAUGUCAUGAACAGAAGAAUGCUUUCCUCCCGCCGUGCCAACAGGGGCUGCUGUAGAGCUCAGACCUGCAACACCAGUUCAAGAAGGUUGGGACUUUGUGUAAAAUAAAAACUGCAUAAAAUAUGUUAAAAACCCAUAUUUUACUUACAAUGGAGUGAAUCUCCCUUUUAAAUUUAUAAACAUUUUUUAAAUUUCUGAUUUGAGACCGGAGGACAGUUUUCUUCAGAUUUUGGGAAUCUUUUAAUUAUUUGAUGAAUAAUUAAAAGAUUAUAUGAUGAUAUAAUAGAUAACACGAUGUUCCGUCUUCCCAGUUCUGCACUGGGGAACAUUUUUCUGAAAUUUUUCCACCAUUGUACAAUUCAGCUUAUUUUUAUACCCAAUUGCUGCAAAAUGCUCCGCCAGCAGCUUAUUGUUUAAAACCUCUUACCUCUGCAAUAUUUUUUUAUUAUGUCCUUUUUUGAGAUACCACCAUAUUUAAUUUUUUUUCCUCUAGAGGUUUUUUGACUUCUCAAUUUUCACUUUUAUGUUUACAGUUUUUUGUGAAUCCAGGUGCAUCUCAUCAAUCAUUACGGUAAUUUUUGAAAGUGAAAACUUAUAUGGAUUCAUUACACAAUGAGUGUUAUAUUCCUGGCAUUUAUUUGUCUUAGGUUAGUUAAUCAUAACUACUAGAUAACAAACCAAAAUUUACCUUUUUUGAACUUUUGAAAGUCACAUAAGGCAAAAAAGUAUUUUUAAUACAGAAACGUUUUGGUAUGUCAUACAAAAUCACAAAAAAAACUCGUAAGCAGAUUAAGCCACCUGUACUCAAACAUGGAAAGUUCAGUGGAAGGAAAAACUGAGCUAGAGAGACAAACUUAAAAUUACCUGCAAUAAUCACUUGUAAUAUGUCUCCCUGUAUGUAGUGAAUCAACAUAAUACCUUAGUUUAAUUUGCUGAGAUGCACCUGUAUUAUAUGGGUUUAUCUUUAUAUUUCAGACACUUUUUACGUUACACACGGUGUCCCAACUCUUACAGAACUGGGGUCGCACAUUGGUUGGCGUUCAAACAAAGCAGGUUGUGUCCCGUCAGGUUAGGAGCGUCAGCCUGCUCGACUGGGAAGAAAAGCGUGCCACAAGUGUUGAAAACACACGAAACACCUGCCAGCCUACGAAGCUGUACAUUUUUACACUAGAGAUUUUAAACUGAUGAUUGUAUCAAAGUCAUUAACUUUAUAAGUGUUAGUUUUUACAAAUGAAACAUGUUGACAGUAUUUAAAGCAGGCGUUUUCAUAGGUUUCUGUGCAGCGUAGAGAGCAGCCCUUUGCUAACCCCGAUAGCGGAGAAUGUUUGUAUUUUCAUGACUUUCAUCUCUUUCUAUACCAAGUACGUUUGGAGUCUAGAGCGCGUAGAGAGACCAGGCAGUUAGCGAGCACUACAACAGAUAAUUUGCUUCCUGGUUAGGCAGUUGUAGGAAACAAUAGUCUAAACAGUAUUUCUAUUUUUUAGUUAGUAAGCUUUAUCAAUCGGCCUUACAUAUGAUAGGUUUGAGCCUUGUGUUAAAGGACUAUUGUGCUGUUUUUUUGUUUUGUUGGAUGCUGACCUUCAAAGUGUUUGUUUUUCACCCCUAAAGAAAUAAGAUUGGGUUUCAACUAGAAAAUAAUGUGUUUUUAGCAGCAUUUUUAGCUGUUAACCUUCUGUCAUUUAGGAUUCCUAAAUCAAAAAUGUUUGAAUUUCUAGUGUAAAAGAAUACCCUUCACGUGAUGAAAAUGCCAUCUAUAUCUUAUCAUUUAAACAUUUCUUACCUUUUGCAUAUUGAUUCUGACAUGCUGAAAAAACAGUAAGGAUCUCCUGGCAUUUUGUGGACCUUUCCAAAAAACUUCAAAUUUAUUUAUUUUACUUUGUUAAACAUUUUGGUUUCCAAAGAGUAAAAGGUCCCAAAAAGUGAAACUCUGAUCCGUCUACAUUACAUUAUCUAAGCUCAUGGGAUACGGACCAAAAGAAUGAGAUCCUGGAUACAAAUGACGGAAAUGAGCUUCCAUUGCGAGAUACUUUGAAAAAUAAAAAUUUACUUUUCUAUUAGCAAUUUUUAAUAAUGCAUCCUUAAUUUUCAAGAUCUUUCAUUUUUUGAAAAUAUUCAAAAUCGUAAUUGAAAAUUUUACAGCAAUGCAAAGGACUUUUACCAUUCAUUUAGUCUUUGUAAAAAAAAAAAAAAAACACACACAAAAAAAACUCACUGAGCUUCAAGUAUUUUUGUUCUUAUUGCAGAAAAGCUUGACAAAUGACGCACUGGUGGCAUUUUCAUCAUGGAUUCUUUAAAACUAUUUUUAGACUCACAUCUCCCAGUCUGAGGCGUCAGCUAGUUGGCUUCAGCACUGUGGCUUAACACAGGAUAGACAACAGCGCCACUUGGUGUUAAGUGUGUUAGUUGGCAGGGGAGUUCCUGCUUUCAUUUAAUAAUGCUGAUACUGCCUUCAUUCUUGUUAAUGCAGUCUCUCGGUUUCAGUGUCGUGCAAAUGUCUAAAGAUAUAUUUAUUCUUUAAAUGUGUCAAGAACAAGUACUGUAAGACAAUGACUGAUUUUAUGUUCCAGAGCCUAAAAACAAGUAUGCUUUACUUGUAUGUACUCGUCUGCCACUCCAAUGUUUGUUUUUGUCAGAACUCAUUUUGCUUUUGAAGCCAAAAGAUUCUCGGGAGUUCAGGGUGUUAUGUGAAAAAAUGCCAAUAAAUUAAAUGGAAAUUUA